AUGGCCUCUGGAAGGGAGCGGUCUCGUGAACUUGAUGACCGUGGGAGAUCGCGUCAAAGGAUCGAAAGUGGUCGCCCAAUGAUGGUCUCUGAGCGUCACAGAUCGUUGCCUGUUCCGUCCCUUGGAUCCAUGCAGCCAGAUGCCAAAACUCUUGCGCUUGAGAAGCAGGUUCAUGAACUCCAAGCGAACUUAGUGAAUAUGGGAAAGAAUCUGGAGACUGUGGUUGAGCAGAUGAAGGGACAACAGUCAGCCCUUCUUGCUGCCAGCAAAGCGUUUCAAAGUCAACAGGUUCAAUUGAAUUCCUUGCAAAGUGCUGCGCAGAAUGCAGCAGCACAAAUCCCUGCAGGUAGCAACACGCCUGUUGAUCCGACUUCGCACGCCACAGAUUCCAGGAAGAUCGAGAGUUUGUCCAGCCCAUUCUCUUCGCCUCUUGGCGGAGGACUUGGUUUUGGUGACUUGUCGAGUGCCCCAACAGCCACUAAUCCAGCUGUGCGCAUUCCAGGUGUGGAGAGCAGUCAGGCCCGGGUCAUGAACCAAGCUGGCUCGGAGACAGUGGGAGCUUCGGUCGGACUUGAUGCAUUGGCCAAGUCAGAUCGAUGGCUGCCCGCCAUGCCUUCAGUGGAUUCAUCGAAAUGGCGCACACGCUUGGAUGAAAUUUUGGGCAUCGAAAAGCCCGGACCAAAGAAUGGCUUCGAAGCACUUCGGCUUAUCGUGGCAGAGUACAUGCUGAAAUCAAGACAGGAAAUUUUGCAUUUUCGUAGUGCUUUAGUGAAUCGUACUUUCAAAGCAGCCAGCAUCACUGAGCUGAUCCAAAAUCUUGACUAUGAAGAGAGCCGUUAUCAGAAAUUGCUCGCAAUGUUGCCUACUCAUUUGAGUCGGGAUGGACUGUUGAUUCAAUCCUCGGACUUUAGCAUGAUCCUCUUUCGUAGCCUAACUGGUUCAGCUCGUGACUAUGUGAUGCUUCAUUCCAAAACCGAUGAGUAUGUAGACUUGAAAGCCGCAGCUUUGAGGUAUGAAUCCAGUUCCAGAAUUUGGACAGAGAUUUCUGGAAACACCAAUUCGCACUACAUGCACAGUGCUUUGGAUGGUGGGAAAAAGGGAAAAGGAAAAGGGAAAGGCAAGAAGGGAAAGGAGAACUCAAGCAGCAGGAGCGGUUCAGCAGGAAAGGACGAGAAUGAGAAAGAAAAGAAUGAUACUUGCUUCCGUUGUGGUCGCAAAGGUCAUUACAAGACAAAUUGUCAUGCCAAGAAAGAUUCCAAUGGGAAGCCGCUGGACAUGAGUACUGCUGCCAAGAAUAGCAAGAGAUCAGAUUCCAAGGAGAAAAAGGGGCCAGAGAACAACAGUGGUGGAAAGGGCAAAGGCAGUGGUCAGGGAAAGAAAGGUACCGGAAAAGGCAAGAUCAAUGAACUUGUGGAGCAGCACAAGGAAGGCGAGAAUCCGCCUGAAGGUGAUGGGACUGGAUCCAGUUCUACGGACCAUCAGCCACCAAUGAAGUCUUUCAUUGGCCAGUGGUACCAACAGAAGGUGUUGAACUUUGAAAAGUCCCUUGACCAUUUGCAGAAGCAGAGCAAGAACGAGCCAGCGCCUCUGUUGUGA